CGGUUCUUCAGCAGCUCACCCAGGCGGGUCCAGAAGAACAGCUGGGUUCUGCAGCAGAACCAGCAGGUCCAGCUUUCUGAACGGCCUAGUCAAAGUAAAGAAGGAAAUGAUCCGGUAAAGCAGGUAUCAGAAACCGGUCAGAACCGGUUCUGGGUGUGAAUACUUUCUGGGUCGAUGAGAAAUAAAAAUCAUCUUUGGUCUAAAAAAAAUCAGGAUCCUGUGACCGAGUCCUGGAGUUAGAAGGAAAAGGUUCUGAGCCCAUCAGAACCAUCAGAACCGCUGAUGCGUGCGUUCUCUGUGGGUCCGCCCUCUGCAGCCAUUAAGACAUAAAAGCGUCUGAGGGGCGUUUGAGUGUCUGUGAACAAAGACGGGUCUGAGCGGCCCGCUGAUUGGAGCGCAGCCAUUAUCCUCCUGCAGGUCAGAGCCGCUUCCUGCUGCGUGAUGUCAGAGCGCGUUCAUGGAGGUGUGUCUUCUUUGGGUCUCCAGAUGAAGGUGGAGGGCUCACAGGAGGACGGGGAGUCUGCUCCGGGGGCGGAGCGCAGUCCGGCGGCGUCCUGCAUGUCGCGCCUGCUGAGCGCCGUGGAGAACGAGCUGCAGGCGGGCCGGGAGAAGGGCGACCCCACGGAGCGGGAGCUGAAGGUGACGCUGGAGGACGGCGAGCUGUGGAGGAAGUUCCAGCUGAUCACCAACGAGAUGAUCGUCACCAAGAACGGACGGAGGAUGUUCCCGGUGCUGAAGGUCAGCGUGUCGGGUCUGGACCCCAGCUCCAUGUACUCCUUCCUGCUGGACUUUGUUCCCGCUGACGGCUGCAGGUGGAAGUUUGUGAACGGGGAGUGGGUGGCGGCGGGCCGCGCCGAGAGCCGCCACGCUGAGGGGCGGGGCCACGGAGGCAUCUACAUCCACCCGGACUCGCCCAACUUUGGGGCCCACUGGAUGAAGGCCCCGGUGAGCUUCAACCGCGUGAAACUGACCAACAAGGUGAACGGAGGAGGACAGAUCAUGUUGAACUCGCUCCAUAAGUACGAGCCCCAGCUGCACAUCGUCUGCGUGGGCUCCCACCACCGCCUGGUCUCCAACGUCUCCUUCAGGGAGGCGCAGUUCAUCGCUGUGACCGCCUACCAGAACGAGGAGAUCACGGCGCUGAAGAUCAAGUAUAACCCGUUCGCUAAAGCCUUCCUGGACGCCAAGGAGAGGAACCCUGCAGGACGGGUUCUACAGGACGCAGCGGAGAGCCGGGUGGGGAUUCAGCCCUGUUGGUCGCUGUGCUCAGCGGCGGGGGGCGGAGCUUUCCCCUACACCGGCAGCCUGCCGCUGGCCUCCCAUCAUCACCAUCACCAUGGUUACAAACACCCCGGUUACCCAGGGAGGCACGCCCCUUACCCUGCGGCCUACCUGCCCCACCGACCUCACUCCUCAGUGAACCUGAUCUCUGAAGGUGUUCCUGUUCUCCAUGAAGGUUGGAGCGGUUCUGCGCCUCGUCCAGCCUCCUCUUCUUCGUCCUUCUCACCCUCCUCCUCCUCGCUGCCUCUGACCAGUGCUGCUCCCUCCUCACAGGCUCCGCCUCCUCCCCAUACCUCAAGCCAGUAUCCCUGCCUCUGGACCGUCGGCUGCUCUGAGAUUAGCCCCUCCCACUCUCCAUGCGCUACACUCCAUGGACCAAUCAGCAGCGAGAACCUCAUCCAGCCUGCGGCUCAUGGCCGAGUGGGCGGGGCCGGAUGGUCGCCUGGCCACACCCACUCCUUUUGAGGAGGAGCAGCAGAUCCAGGAGCUGCUGAAGAAUCAGAUGUUUGGUUUCUAGAAAAGAUCAGAGCCGUAAACCAUGAAUUAAAGAUGUUAAUGUAUUUAUGAUGUGAUGUUCUGCCUGAAGAACCAACAGAACGGUUCCGUGUGGGCGAUAAAUGUCAUCCAUCCCGCCCACACUGCCGCGCGCAGUUCUUCUUCUGUCGUCUAAGGAUGUUGUGUUGCUGUAGCGCCCCCUGCUGUCGGAGGUAAAUAUCCGACCUGAGACAGAAACGACUUUAUGACGUCAUUUCCUGUUAUUUUAUUUGCUGUUCAUGAAGAUUAAAAGAAAAUAAAAAGUCUUUGUGCUAAAAUAAUGUAAACGUUUCUGGUUAAAUAAAACUGUUU